CUCCGGAGGGUGGGCAGGAGCCGCGGGAGCGCUGUGUGGCUCGCAGGCUCGAGCGGUUCCUCCCCUGUCGUUGGUAGCGCCCCGUGCGGGAGGCGGCGGUGAGCGGCGCAGCGGCGCGGCGGGCUCGGGGCGCGGGCGCCUCAGCGCAGGGCCAUGAGGCACCUGCCGUACUUCUGCCGCGGGGAGGUGGUGAAGGGCUUCGGCAGGGGCUCCAAGGAGCUGGGCAUCCCCACCGCUAACUUUUCUGAGCAAGUAGUUGAAAGCUUUCCAUCUGAUAUCCCUACUGGUAUAUACUAUGGAUGGGCCUGUGUUGGAAAUGGAGAUGUGCAUAAAAUGGUUUUGAGCAUAGGAUGGAAUCCCUUCUAUAAGAAUAUUAAGAAAUCAGUGGAAACACACAUUAUCCACACCUUCAAAGAAGACUUUUAUGGAGAAAUUCUUAGUAUAGUCAUAACUGGAUACAUUCGACCGGAAAAAAAUUUUGAUUCCUUAGAUGCACUCAUUUCAGCAAUUCAGGAAGACAUUGAAGAAGCAAAAAGACAGCUAGAUCUACCAGAACAUCUUAAACUCAAAGAAGAUAACUUUUUUCAUCUGCCAGAAGGCAAAAUAGUAAACAAUCGCUGAGAAAAACCAUACAGCCUUUUUUUUUUUAAUUUCCUUUCUUUCUUUUUUCUUAAUUUAUCCCCUGUCAUGGAGCUUUUGUAUUUGCACUACCCUCAUAGAUACUUUGGUAUCAUAUGUCUGUUAGGUGACUGAGAUCAGAACCAACCAUACAAGAUGACUUCAGUUUUAUUUGGUUAAUUUUACCAGGUCUUUGGAGAUCUGAGCACGUUUAGAACAUGACCAAAGUAAUUGUAAGCAUGAGGUGUGAUUAGCUCGUUUAAUGAAGAAUGUCUGUUCUUAACAUAAUGUUCUUGUCCCAUUUUCUAUGUCAUUCUCAGAUCUGAGUUUUAGCUUAGAAAAUGUUGUUAUUGAUUGACUCAGAAAAUUCCUAUGGUUAGAUAUGAUUAGAUAACAAUAGCAAGAUUAAUUCCCUAUAGUUAUUGGUUUUUUUAUAUGAUACACAGCUGUUAUGGUUGAAGCUGUUACUUUAAUUGAAAUUAUUUAUUUUAAGUGUAUUUGAAAUGGAAGAAAUCACUGUUGCUCAUUGUGUUCCUAGAAUCUGAUCUAUAUUUCUUCACACUUGACUGAACAUAUGACAACUCAUGAUUGUGUGGUUUAAUUCUUAAAAGGUGUUUCACUUAAUUUCAAAAAAUGAGUAAAAGUGUGAAAGGUGAUAAUGAGUAUAAGUGUGAAAGAUUCAGGCGUAAAAGAUGCAGAAACAAUAUGACAAGACUGCUGCUUUUUGCGCCUUAAAGGAAAAUAGGUAGUGAGACACAAAUUUGCAUUUUAUGUGCUGCUGGUAUUUUUCAUAGGAAAAUCUUGAGGUUAUUCACUGCACUGUCAAUAAAGUGUCUGACUUCAAGGUUGGCAUUAUUGUAAGGCACAGAAGAAUCUCAUCAACACUCUGCACUAAGUGCAGGUAAGAGCUAAGGUUUUGGCAGACCAAGUAGAUAGAUACACCAAUGAAAACCUUUGGGGAUUUAUUACAUAAUGUAUCAACAUUAUUAAGAAUAUUGGUUAUUUUUUAUAAGUAGUUGCAGGAAGUCCUACUCUGAAAUGUGGGGAUACAAGUGAGGGUUGCACUACAUGAUCUCUGAAGGUCCCUUACAACCCUAACUAUUCUGUGAUAGAAAAGUGGAAGGAGUACGGUGAGAGUUGACGGUAAUUUGAAAAAUACUUUGAAAAAAGUAUGUAGUGUGCAAUUCAAUACCUAGUCUUCUUUUCCUCUGAAUUUUUCUAUCCCUUGGGGAAUGGAAGCAGGUUAGCUACAGUGGCUGUCACAAUCAUAACUUUUUGACACAUCAUGUGAUGUGUCUGGGACAUAUUCUGAAAUUCAAAGUACUUCUUUACAUAUGUCUCAGCUGUGAUUCUCUGUUUGAACUAUGAUGUUCAAUAUGGAACGCACAAUUUCUGUAGUGAAAUUUUAUGAAUUUACUCUUUGUCCUAUUCUAAUCCCGCUUUUCACUCUAGAAUUUAAAGCAGUUUUAGCAAGGCAGCUGUUUCGGUCUUUGUGGCAGGUGCUGUCAAGAUGAUAGUUUCAUUUCAUAUUGCUUCUAAUUCUAGUCAGUAUCAUGGGCUAUUAUUAGGGAAGAUGCCUUGAGGAAAUCAAGGGUUCAAGUUUGCUCUUUAGGACUUCAGGAGAAAACUUGAUUUUGCUUAAAUGCAUUGUUCACCAGUGGUGUUGAUAACAGAGGCAGAUACAAUACAUUUGGGAGAGAGGAACAUGGGACAAUAUACUUUCUUUUAAAGGAGAAGAGAAAUAAUUUAGUGGGUUUUUUACUGUAUAACGUGUUGGAAACUGUAUUUCUAAAACGUCUGUAAAAGAAUUGUCUUGCAAGAUUGAUGAUUGGAAUUUUUAAAAGGAGAGAUAAAAGGGGAUUUUUUUUUGCUAAGCGUUUAUGCAUUCUUCAGAUUGUAGUAAAAUUAAAAUCCUAUAUUUUACUACUCCUUGUAGAGAAUAAACAGAAGCCACACUGGUCAACAGAGAAUGUUGUCAACAUUAGACUGUUGUUCAUCAUGGUACUGUAGCUAAACACUCAUAGCUGCCUUUAAAAUUGAUUUUUGCUUAUAAUGUCUUGAGUCUGUUGUAGAAACUACGGUGCCUUAGGCUGGUUGUGAAUAAUACUUUUCUGUAUCUGCUAGUAAAUGCCACUAUAAAAAAUUCAACUCACCAUUUGAUUGUAGAACUGCUGUGCUAUGGAUAAAGAACAGUAGCAAAGGGAAAACUUGAAAGACUUAGCUUGCUCUCAAAUCCUAGCUGAGGUAUGAUAUAUCGAUACACUGAACUAAGAAACUGCUCUUCAUGUGUUUGUCUUCAAAGAGAGUGUGUUAGCACAUCCAUUUGGCUGAGUGUACCUGACCAUAUUAUUUAAGAGAAAAUGUUAUACAUCACUCUUUAAGCUCAAUACAUAGUUCCUAGUAUAAACUUUAUUUUUGUAUUGUGUACAAGUAGCUGUAUUUUGGUUGAUGUUGUUGCACUGUACUCUUACUAAAGGAACUGUAAUUGACAAAAUUA